AUGAGUGACAGCAGGGACAGUGAAUCAUCGUCCACUCCACCUGAAAAAGUACCUAAAAAGGGAGGAUGGACUGCAAAGAAAAAAGGUGAGACACGUUUUGAACAUCAUGCACAAAAAUUUCGGGAUGAGUGGUUAAAACAUCCGAUGUUUAGAGACUGGUUAGAGCCAGACCCAAAAGAUUCAAAGAAAGCGAAGUGUGCAUUCUGUCCAGCAAGUUCCUUGGUUGCUGAAAUAACAAAUCUGAAAUCUCAUGCCAAAUCGAAAAAACAUUUGAAAAACAAACCUGAAUUCCAAAGUGAAAAAGUUGUUAUUCACAAGCUGCACGAUAAAAUUCGAGAUCUAUACCAAGAAAUUCUUCUGCGUUUCUUGAAACGAGAGUACGUCAUGCAGCCGAAUAUAACUCAAGUAGACCCUAAAAAUGAGCAAUUCAUGUUAAAUGAAACUGCAAUGUAUCUCGGCAUUAAAGUUUAUGAAAUGCUAAAACACCCUGACGUAGUUAGGCAACCCCUGAAGAAAACAAUGUUCUUCAUAAACUGCAGAAAUUUCCUCAGGACUGGUGCGUUGAAAAUAAAAAACGUUACGACAUGGAAGAUCCCGUUCUUUCCAAAACUCCAAGCUCUCGGACCAGCAUCAGCUCUCUCCAACGAUUUCAGAGUACACGUCCCAACAUUGAUGCCUCUGAUUGAAGUCGUGCCAUGUAUAAUUGCAUCGUUUGAUGACACUAAAAAACAACAAAUAGAUGAUCAGUGGAGAAGAUUACCGAUUGCAAAAGCCCGCCAUCCUACAGAGCUUAAAAAUACCACAGAGCCUGAUGAGUUUGAAAUUGGCCAGUUUUGCCCUCGCAGUCUUGGCUUUGCCUCAUGCAAAUACAGACUGUGA